AUGGACCUUGAAACGAGCACCGAUUUGAUCUCCUUGGAAAGUUCUCUGCCCAGCAAUGCGUGCAGAGCAACAAGCGACUGUGAUCAAUCAUCCAUCUCGGAUGAUCCAGAUGCAGACGAGUAUGCGCGAUGCCAUGGCCUCACCGUUGACAGCUUGAAGCUGGAUCCGUGGAAGGGUGUACUCGAGAGGGAUGCCUGUAUCGCGGCAACUCUCAUUCAGACCGAGUUCGGAGAAAUAAUCGAAUCGGAAAAGCCCCUUGAAGAGCUCGCUUUUCGGCCCAUCCUCGGAAAAGCAGAGCAGUGGUCUGUGUCAGCAGAGUCCCUUGCACUCCUUCAACAAGUCUAUCAUCAUCUUCCAUUGCAUCCGGUCGAUAUUGAACAAGGGGAAGGUCUCGAGUUUCCUGAAAGCGCGCGGAAAGGCGACGAGGCACUUAUGGAGAGUCUGACCAAGGAGACAAUCGAAGUCACCAAGGACACGCUGAUGUUCUUGGUUCAGAGUCUCAAGGCAGACUGGGGUGACGAUGAACAGCGUGACCUCAUGGAAAGCGUCUCAACGUACAGCGGACUGAACAGGGUAGAGCAUGUAACCCCUCCGCUGAGUCCUCGAACACGCCCCGAACCAGAGUAUUACAUUCCCGACGACAAAACUUGUGCGAUCCCGAUUCUAUCCGACCCAGACUCUUCUUUGAGCGCAGAGUUAGAGGCAGUAGAAGGAAAAAUUCUGUCCAAAGACAACAACUUCUGGAGCGGCAUUGCUUCCGAGAAGUCCAAAUCACCGGACAGAUACGAUGAUAUCGACGUAUCAGGAAUGAUAAGAGCCGGGGAAUUUUCGGUGCCCAGAUCAUCUUCGUCUUCCCCGGAACUGAUUGCUCGGGAUUUCAAGAUAGAAGUACCUCUGCUACCGAAUGAUAGCCUUGUAAUUGCAGACAAGGCUCCUCCCCGCGUCCUGCUACCUGAGGACCUGAAAGAGGCCAAAGACCUCAUGGCCAGCGACACCGUUCCAAGCAAAGGAGCUCCAGUGAUGGAUUUCUCCAUUCCUGUCCGUGAAUGGGACGAACACUUUUGGACUGCCCAGGUCAUGUUUGAAUGGAUACGGAAAACAACCGACGUUGACUGGAAGGGCAUCAAAUGGCGAAAAGACAACAUCAAGGAGCAGCAAAUGGUAUGGGCACCCUUGGCCCACAUGGCCGAGAAACAAUUGACAACAGAGGCGGUUGAGGUUGUUCCAAGUGUUCUUGCUUUCUUCCUGGAGGAACCGUGGGAAGGCGAGAUACAAACAAGUGCCGAUUUCGUCAACACACAACCCAGGCUGUUGUUCCUGCGUAGGGAUGAAGAUGAUAAAGAUGAACUCCUUGAGGAGAGAUCAAGGGAACCCAGUGUCCCCCCAUCAAAAGAAUUGGUCCUCUCAAGCACGAGCAUCAAGACAGUCCGUCCUUGCAGUAGGUCAGCACAUGCCUGCCAGGCUCAACAAUCCAUGGAUGUACAGACUAGGCAGGGCCUGUCGUCGCCCCCUCUUGCCAUGUUGCAAUCUCGAGACCUGACAAGCCUUUUGCGUGGAAAGAAGAGGCAACUUGGACCCAUCCAACGGCAGUCGUCACCAGUUACCGGACCUCUGAUCCGGGUCCUCGACAUAACCAACCAUGACGUGCCGAACUCGACACACGUACUGAAGGGUUUUGAGAACGAGUAUAUGGACUUUGGCUCGCUUGUGGAAAAUUUCGUCGAAAUGAACAUGCCAAAAAAGGCCAAGCUCAGCCAUAGCCGCUUCUUCAACCGACCGACGCUGCCCCAGCCAGAAUCCGCAGCCGUCUCCAACACGAAGCCCACGGAACCCAAGGCUCAACCUGCGCCCGCAAUCAUUCUUGCUGUUUCUCCGGACAUCGUCCACCCCAAAACUCCGCCUCGGAUAAUCGUGUCUGCUGCAGUAUCAAAUAUUAUCACGAGCCAUCUGGAGAAAUUGGUGCCAGGAAUUAACCUCAUCGUACGCGACCACGAGCGACUCAGGGCAGAAAACGCGCCCCCGGGUAGCAAGCAGCCAAAUUGCGAUGAGGCCGACUUCGUCUUGUCCCCAGCCACAGGGAUUAUAGUUACGACCAUGGUAAAACUAAGACAGAAACCCCUCCCCGCAGCCCCAGGCCAGCAACAGCAACUACAACAACAGCCAACCUUCCGCAAUGUAGUCGAGAACGUAGCAAUACGUCAUGAACGGCUGAUCGUUCUCAUCUCAGAGGGAAACAAACACAGUGAGACCAUGAACCCGCUCUCCCAAUCUGACGCGAAAGCCCUCGCCGAGUUCCAGUGUUUCGCGAGUGCGCUACAGGCGCAAACUGACGUGUACGUCUAUUAUGUUGGCGGAGGCACCGAGACGCUGGCCAAGUGGGUGGCAGCUACAAUAUGCGAUUAUGGAACUGAAGCUCAAGAGUGGCAGAGCAUACUGCUGCCUGUGGAAACAGGUUGGGAGCUUUUCCUGCGGAGAGCGGGAAUGAAUGUUUUUGCUGCGCAGGUUGUCCUUGGGAUGCUCAGGGUUCCUGAUGACGAGGUUGCGAUCGGUGGAAAGGAGGGUAAGCUGUACGGCUUGCCGGCCUUCCUGAUGAUGUCGAAAGACGAGAGGGCAGAGAAGUUUGCGGAAAUAUUUGGUGGGAGGAGGCUUCUGGAUGCAGUGAGCGCUGUGGUUGAUGAGCCCUGGGGAGACGGAAAUGUGAAAGAGGUGGACAACAGCGGGAUGAGUCAGGAUAAGGAGGUUGUUGAUAUUUUCAGUGAUGAUAUCGAAUUCUCUGGCGGCUUAGGUCCAGAUGAUCCCAUGAAGCAGUUUUCUGAUGGGCUUGGCCACAAUUCUUCACCAUGGGAGUGA